AUGGGUUCCCGCAGCCAAGGCUUCUUCCACCACCAUCGUAGCUCCAUGGUGCCAGCUACGGUGCCGAGGCUGCUGCCAGAAAACAGCAGCCUGCUAGGGGGUAUCGCACAGAUCACCCCAAACCUUUUCCUCAGCAGAGGGAACGUGGCGUCCAACCGCAGCCUGCUUCUGUCUAAAGGCAUCACCUGUGUGGUCAACGCCACCAUCGAGCUCCCCAACUUCAACUGGCCGCACAUGGAGUAUGUAAAGGUCCCUCUGGCAGACAUGCCGCACUCCCCCAUCUCCUUGUACUUCGACAGUGUGGCCGAUAAGAUCCACAGCGUGGGACGAAAACGAGGGGCAGUGCUGGUGCACUGUGCAGCUGGGGUGAGCCGCUCAGCCUCUCUCUGCCUGGCGUACCUCAUGAAGUACCAUCGGGUGUCUCUGGCAGAAGCCCAUGCCUGGGUUAAAGCUCGUCGCCCCGUCAUCAGGCCCAACGGUGGCUUCUGGCGUCAGCUCAUUGAAUAUGAGAGGAAGCUGUUCGGCAGAAACUCUGUUAAGUUGGUGCAGACACCCUAUGGGGUCAUACCUGAUGUUUACGAGAGAGACCGCAGGAGCCUGGCUCCAUACUGGGGCCUGUGA